AUGACAGAAGUUGUACUGCUCAUCGAGCUCAUCCGCCUUCUGAAAGCUGUGCGGAUGAGGCUGUGUGAGACGGAACAGAACGCGGAAUGUGAACCCUACUACUUCAGUGCCCUCAAGAAUUCUAUGGUGUACGAACCUCCUCUCCAAGAAAAGAAAAUGCAGAGAAGACUCACCACUCGGCAGGCCUUGGAAAUGAUCCUGAGUGAAAUAAACCCUUGUGACUCAGAUGGAGAAGAUAUAGAACUUCAGCCGGAUUCGGACUCAGAGCUGUCUGAUCUGUCUUCAGAUGAGGAGACUGCUCCUCAACCAAAAAAGAGAGCCCGUUUGGGGACUGACCUGACAGAGACAGCGAAAGAUGGCACAGUGUGGCGUGAAGAACAGGUGGAGACGCGUCUCCCUUUCACCCCAAUCAAAGCGUACGCUGUAGAUGGAGAGCCAACGGCUAAGGCCAGGAAAAGUAUCUCGAGUCGCCUUCAGAGCUUCCUGUGUUUCAUCACUCUUGACAUGCUUCAUAGCAUUCAAGAAUGGACUAUUCAACAUGCACAGGAAACGGAGCAUGUUCAUUGGUUCAUGGCCCUCCCUGAACUAAUGGCAUUUAUUGCAAUUGUCAUCUUGUGGGGGCUUACCAAGGUUCCAUCACUACGUGACUGCUGGUCAGCAAACCUGGGAAACCCACAUAUCAUUGGAACAAUGCCGCGAAACCGCUUCCAAGACAUCAUGCGACACCUACGCUUUGAUGACAGGUCCACCCGGAGUGAUCGAGCAAAGACUGAUAAGUUUGCUGCAAUUUCCAGUGUGUGGGGAUCAUUUGUCACCAAUUGCAACACGUCCUACACAGAGAUUAAACUUCACGACUGCGCGUGCUGA